CCUCUCCAUCUCCAAAUUCAAUUUAAAACUAGCUACUCCUUAUUGAUUGAUUCAUGAGUCAGAUGAAGAGAGAAAUAGAUCAAAUAGACUUGGCGAAUUGCCUUAUGCUUCUCUCUAAUAAUCCAAUAAUUAGAAAGAAAAGAAGCCUCAAUAACAAUGGUGAAGUGGAAUUCGAGUGCAAGACAUGUAACCGCAAGUUCCCAUCGUUUCAAGCACUUGGAGGCCACAGAACAAGCCACAACAAGAAGCCAAAGCUGGAAUCAGAACCCAACAACAACAACAACGUUGAUACUAAGCCGAAGAUGCACGAGUGCUCCAUUUGUGGCCAAGAAUUCUCUCUUGGUCAGGCACUCGGAGGCCACAUGAGAAGACACAGAUCACCAAAUGAUCAACAUCAACAACUUGUGUCUUCUAUCAAUGAGAUUCAACAUGUUGUUGCUAAAGUUCCGGUUUUCAAGAGAUCUAAUAGUCUAAGGGUUAGGUGCUUGGACUUGAACCUAACACCAUUGGAGAAUGAUUUGAAGCUGCUCUUUGGAAGUAUUACUCCUAAUAAUAAGCUUCAUGCCUUAGUUUGAUUCUUCAUUGUUCUGCAUACCCUUCCUUGUUACUUCAAUUUUGUUUCUUGUUUUGUAAUUAUUACAAUGCAAUUCUAUUUGAUUUCUUCUGUUCUUUUCAAUUCAA